AUGGCACGCAACUCGACUUCUUUGAAGUCUCGUGUCGAAGGCAAAACUGGUGUUGGGGAUAAGCAUAUGAACAGACAAUGCGCCGGCAACCGAAGCGUUACGAGCUUCCUUAGGGAGGAAAAAGUUGAGAGGUUUAUUGUCCAAACGUUUCAUAGUGAAACCCGAAUUGCUCCUGGAAGCGUGGAGGUGAAAAGGGAGCGGAGAUUGGGCAAUUUGGACAGCAGAUACGGUUCGACAAUGGAGCAGAUCGUUCGGCAGACGUUCACAAAACUGGCGAAACUCUUCCUGUCAUCUCCCGAGUAUCUUGUUCCACCAAUUCGACCGGCAGUUUGGGCAGUUUGA